AUGGUGGCGAAAGCGCGGCGAAGUGUGAGAAAUGAUAAACGCCCAGAAGCGGAUUUGCUAUUAUGUCGAGAUUUGGGAUCUGUUAACACGUGCUUGUGGGAUGAAAAUCUCAUCGAGACAAUUCUAGCGGCAGCGCAGUCUAGAAUUCGCCUUGGAAUUAUCGAGUUUCCUCAGCAAACUUUCACAAAACGAUAUCAAUCGAUUUACGAGAAUGUGAAACACAAAUUCGAGCUUUUAUCAUUUUCCGAAUUUCGUUCGCUGUUUGUCGAGACGUGCGAAUCGUUGACCAGCCAAUAUGAUCAGGAACUUCUUGAUGUUUUACACAAAGAUGAACGAUUUUUGAAUAUUUGGAAUGACCUCGAGAGUGUCGUCGUUGGUGCCGUUUCGCAGCAAUAUGCGGCGAGCGUUUUUCGGUCCGACUCGAAUGUUGGCGAUUUUUCCGACGCGUUUUGGCUCGCCUCCAGGAAUCGUUUGAGCAAAGAGAAUGUGCUUCGGUUUACGUGGAUGCCGACACAAUCGAAAUUUUCAUGUAAACUUGACGCCAUAUUGGCUUAUUUCAUUCGUCCGGAAAUCAUUGAUGUGAUGAAUGAGUGUAUGAGAUAUUCGCAUUUGGCGUAUCGGACACGAGAAGUUUUGGUUGCAAUGGCAAAUGAUAAAGAAUUGAUUAAUCGAUUAAAAUGCCCGCCAUCAUCAAUGGAUUUGAGAGCAAAUACCCAUGAUUCCAUCAGGAACCAUAGAUCGAUUCGUGUUCGCCUCCGCUUUUUUGUAUUCACUUUAGAGCAAAUUGUAUCGUAUUUUAAUGAGUUGUUCGCCAGCAAGGUGCGAAUGGUUUUUAAGAAGCGAGCUGAUGAAAUAUUGCAAGCGAAAACAGUUAGGGAUGUUGAAAAAUCCAUCAAAGACGGGCAUGUCCAAUUGGCGCAAUUGGUCGAGAGAAGUGGAAUUCGACGUCAAGUUCAUGAAGCGAUGGAUCGAUUCAAAGCGAUGACGGAUGAGAUUCGAUUGAAGUCCGUUUCUAACACACUUACCAUUCAAUAUUUAAACAAUUGCCAAACGGAAGUUCGGACCAUGUUGAAUAGACUCAUUAAAUAUGCAAACCAAUACGGAAGUGAUAAGGAUAACGUGUUUUAUAUAUUGUCUGUACGAGUUGGACAUCUUAAUAUGUCGAAUUCAUAA